AUGGCAGCCAUCCUGAUGACUUCAGCAGUGCUGCAAAUGCUGCCGGAGAAGAUCAGACAGGUGGUGGCGCUUGGGGAGGAAGUGCCGAAGCGCCCGCCCAAAGCUGUCGCCUCCAACAAGCCGCCAGGGCCAACAAGGAUCAAGAAGACGUGGACUUGGCCACCACCACUGGCAAGGGAUGGAUGGGCUCGGUUCGAGAACCAUGAGCUGCCCGGAGAUGAGCUUGUUUCCCUGAGGUUCCGGUCUCAACGCAAUUGGAAGCCUUUCCUAUUUCUGCCUUGUAUCCUGAUGUCUUUUGCCACAGACUCUCCUGUUCUCUGCAGCGAAACAGCACCUGAAAUCCUGGAUGCCAACGGGACGCGGAUAAGGUGUGCGUUCGGAGAUCCAGCACGGGACAUAUUCACACAGGACACGGUGUGCCCCGUUGUCUGCGGAUUCAGCCCAGUACACUUCGUGCCACUUUGGUAUGGGACGUUUGUUUUGACGAUCAUCUUCUGCUGGUGGCGAGGUGGGAGAAUUGACCACGACAACUUCUAUGCCAAAGGUGGGGUCAGAGGCCGACCGGCCUCAGCAGUGGCUCUGUUUCUGGAUUGCUCCAGAGCGGGCUACUCGGAUCGGCAUCUGAUCGUGCUCUUCGUGGUCUUCACUUUGUGUGCUGUGCACUCAGUACUGGUGCGCUGGGCAUCACUGCUAGAAGAGGGCGGAAUCAACAACGGAUGCAUCGGCUAUGGAGAUUGGUCCAGCUUGGACGACGUCUGCCACCAGGGGCCGUAUUUGGAGCAAGCUUGGCCCGUCUUCCUGGUGAUUUACUUCAUGGUCUUCUUCGGAGCCCUCAUGGAUCAGGGUAUCAUUGGCGCACAGGAGUUGCGAAAGGUGCGGGGGCGGAAGCUCGCAGCGCGGAAGCGUCAAGAUGUUUGGGAGAGGUUUUCUCGCCAUCUAUGCACCGUUGACUCGGCCGAGAAGGCGUCACCUUCUGAUCAGGUCAGGGGGGCCUUAUACCGCUUCGUGCAGCAGACCGUGCCCAUGCCUAUGCUUACUGCCUGCGAGCUCGUCGACAGCAAACUGAGCUUGGAGGAUGAAGUCUACCUCUGGCCUGAAAGCGCCUCCGGCUUCGUGUCGCUGGCUGCAGCGCUGCCGUUGGAGAUUGAGCUUGGGGAGCCCGAGGAACUUGGGCCGCGUGGCGCACGCAGAAGGCCUUCCGACAAGCGACUUUGGGAGGAGUUCUCCAAGCAGCUCGAGAGGACUGAGGCCUCCGGCGAAGCUUCUUCACAAGAGCAGGUGCGGAACGCUUUCUCCCAAUUUGCACACUACGUCGUGCCGCAGUCGGUGGCACUCGCCCUAGUCGAUGCCAACCUCGUGAGGGAUGGCAGCAGGUACCGCUUCUCAGACAAGCUCGCGGGUUUCGUGCGGUUGCCCCCUGCCUGUACGGAGCAGCCACAUAUCCCCAUCCUACAUCGUCUGUUACAUAGUUCCGCAUCCCAGAGCCUUUGGGGUGCUGUGGUGGUAUGUUUUGAUCGUGUUCGUGUGUGGACCGUGCUUGCCUCUGCUCGCCCAAGGAGCGCUUCGAUGCGUUCAGAGCAAGAUUUCCUGGACAAAUGGACGGACUGUGACCAAAUCCAAAUGGACCAGCUGACAGCUGCUGCAGUUAAGCUGAAGGCGCUGGUGCGACACCAGAUGCAUGUCACACGGGAGACCUCGAAACGCAGCAAUUCUGGGCUUGCCAAUGCAAUGUUGUUCGCUUGCGAUGCUUUCAAAUUCCUCAUGGGCUACGACGAGGCGGACGCGGAGGAGGAGGUGGCUCUUAACAUGAUUGAUGACUUUGACCAGAAGUUGCAAGAGAUCGAGUCAGAGGGCCCAUGCAGUCCAAAAUUCUCUGACAAGCUUGGGCUUGAGCAAGCCAAGCUGCAAGCCCCCGAAGGGCUUGGACGUAUCUUGGAAAGCUCAGAAGCCGUCAUUGUCAACAUUUUCCGCUUGUACUGGUUCUGUCCUGUUAUUCAGUCCUUCAAGGGCCGGGCUCCACCUGGAAGCACGAGCGAUCUUGCCAAGGAGGGAAGUUGCUGUGGAUGCUGUGGGUGGGUUCGUGCGCACAUGAUGCUUGGAGCGCUGUUUGGGCUGACAGGCUUUCUUCUGCUGAGCUUCUCAGUGCCGCAGGGUGAUUCUUUCACCUUUGCCUAUUUCUGGGUUAACAAGAACAAUAUGUGGGAGACACGGUGCAACGUGACGAGCUCCGUCACUGCUUUGAGCCCAUGGUGCUCGGCCGACAGCGUCAUAACAAUGACACGCAUGACGCUGUCCCCGGCGCUCCAUGGAGUGCCAAGCACCAGUUUGGUAUGGGUUUGCCUGGUCGUCAAAGCCAUCAUUUUCUGCAUCUUGGGCGGCCUUUUCGGAAUCACUAUGUUCAAACCUGUAGAAGGGUUGAGGCAGGCCCAGCAGCCCAUGCGCAUCUUGCAAGUCGUACUCUUGCGCUGGUGCCAAAGCCAGAAGAUCUCUACCUGGCAGCUGCAAGCUUGGAAGAUGGCAAGGGCUUCCAUCCUUCACAAUGACGUGCGCCUCAUCUUGGAUCGCUUUGAGAACGUUGUCAUUUUCACUUUGGUGGUCUGCAUGCUUUUCAUCACUGAUGCGGUGGUCCAGUAUGUCGUGUGGAGCAAGCCGCCGAACAUAGGCGCGGUAUACAUCGUCCUCGUCUUUGCGCUUUCCACGAUGCUUUGCAUCAAUGCGGCCAUUGGCUGUCACCAUGCCCAGCACGCACACUUGAAGACGUUGUGUGAGAUGAAGGAGGAGACCUCCUUCAUCCAAAGCGUGAGCCCGGACGGCGAAUACUUCCGGAAGUUUGUGGACCUCAUGGUCAGGAGGCUAUCGUCCGGAGGCGACUACCAGACGAAGCUUCUCUACAUGCCUUUGAACCCUGUUCUCCAGAAAUCGAUUCUGGCUUACUUCGCGGCUUCCCUCGCAGCCAUUGCCGGGAAACUCUUCUUCGGUGGGUGA